AUGGCAUCCACCAAAGAUACAUUCAAAAAGUUUUUAAAGGAAUUUUUUCUGUCUAUUUACAUCGAUGAAAAAACUAAUCCCAAAACAUGGAAACAAAUUCGACGUGGACUUAUUCCCACCACAGUAUAUUCGUACACUUACAUUCUGACCAUGGUAUCGUUCCAAAUCCUACCAAUUAUGAAUUUUUCCAAAAACCGAAGAAUUUUGCCAUACCCAAUUAGCCUUCAUUAUGAAGUGGAAAAGCCUACAUUGUAUGGUCUGACAUUGAUGUAUCUUUACUAUACAGGAUCCACUGUGACAUUUUUCUUAAUAGGAGAAGCAUAUCUAUUGGCAACCUUCAUAUUGCAUUUGAAUGCAAGAUAUUUGAUCCUUCAGGAAGACAUUCAACAAUGCAGUGGGGAAUUGCUGAAAAGACUUGGAAUUUCACCAACAAAAAAUAUUGCCUAUCUUUUUUGGAUGAUUGCUAAAAUAUCGGAGUUAACUUUAUUUGGAACAUUAGGUUCAACACUGAUUCAAACCAAUGGCAGAAUGAGUUCAGCAUAUUACUUAUCAAAUUGGGAAAAAAUCAUUAAUCAAUCUACAAAUUCUAAAGAAAAUAUCCUCCUUAUGAAGGACUUACAAAUUUGUAUGUCCUUGCAUCAAAAUUCUAAGCGUUUAACUGGAUAUAAAUUCUUUGAUGUUUCAUUGGAUACUGUGGUUAUGGUUCUAAAAGGAGCUUUUUCAUACUACACAUGUCUGCACACAAUUAAACAGACUAAAGAACACUAA